ACUUUCUAAUCAGGUAUAUCGAGUGAGUCGAAAGAAAUACUAAAGAUGGCUUCCAAAUCUUCAGCAUCGCCAGUAUUUCUCAUUUCAAUCAUUUUGGCUCUUGCGGUUGGCAUCAACAGCGGAGAAAUUGCUGUCUAUUGGGGUCAAAAUGGCGGCGAAGGCAGUUUAGCUGACACUUGUGCCUCCGGAAACUACAACAUUGUGAACCUAGCUUUUCUCGUUGUCUUUGGCAAUGGCCAGGCUCCUGUGGUCAACCUCGCUGGCCACUGCGAUCCUCCCAGCGGAGGAUGUACCGGCUUGAGCUCCGACAUCAAGUCUUGCCAAGCUGGGGGAGUCAAGGUGAUGCUCUCGAUCGGAGGAAGCGCGGGAAGUUACUAUCUCGCUUCCGCCGACGAUGCUAAACAGGUUGCGACUUAUCUAUGGGACAACUUUCUAGGAGGACAGUCCUCAUCUCGGCCGCUUGGGGAUGCAGUGCUCGAUGGCAUCGAUUUUGACAUCGAAGGAGGCACAACUCAACACUGGGAUGAUCUGGCUAGGUCCUUGUCUGCAUAUAGCAGCAGUGGGAAGAAGGUGUACUUGGCUGCAGCCCCUCAAUGUCCUUACCCAGAUGCUUGGCUUGGAGGUGCCCUUCAAACAGGCUUAUUCGACUACGUUUGGGUCCAAUUUUACAACAAUCCUUCAUGCGAGUACAGUUCUGGGAACAUCGCUAAUCUCCAAGAUGCAUGGAAUCAAUGGACUUCAAAUACCGCCGGUAAAAUCUUUUUGGGAUUGCCCGCAUCUACGGAAGCAGCUAACAAUGGUUUCAUCCCUGCGUCGGACCUUACUUCCAAAGUAUUGCCUGCCAUUAAAGGAUCUGCCAAGUAUGGGGGCGUGAUGUUGUGGUCCAAAUAUUAUGAUGAUCAAACUGGAUACAGCUCUUCCAUCAAGGGAUCCGUCUAAGGAUCCAUCUGAGGGUGAAUUUUACCUUUAAUACUACCAUGUAAUAAGCUUUAUUUCUUAUUUGCACGUACGUCUUCGUACUCAUGAGAAAUCACCUUAUGUAAUCACAUAUAUUGGUCAUGGUGUAGACGUGUACCAAUUAAUGUCAAAUAUAAUAAUCAUGUCAUUGUGGGAUAAUAUAUAUUGAGAUCCACUCUUAUAUUA